AUGAAAAAGUGUGAUAAGGAGGAUGACAGAGCUGAUGAGGUUGAAGUCGAACGUGAAAAUGUACAGAAGAGGACCUUUACCAGAUGGAUAAACCUGCACUUGGGAAAGUGCAAGCCUCCUUUGAAAGUGAAAGACCUGUUUAUUGAUAUACAAGAUGGCAAAAUCUUGAUGGCGCUCCUGGAAGUCCUGUCAGGACAAAAGCUGAUGCACGAAUACAAAUCUUCAACCCAUCGCAUUUUUCGUUUGAACAACAUAGCCAAAGCACUUAAGUUCUUGGAGGACAGUAACGUAAAGCUUGUUAGCAUCGAUGCAGCAGAAAUAGCAGAUGGAAAUUCCUCUCUGGUACUUGGACUAAUAUGGAAUAUAAUCUUGUUUUUUCAGAUUAAGGAGCUUACAGGCAACCUCAACAGGAACUCCUCCUCCUCCAGCCUGUCCUCUGGGCCCAGUGGUCCAGAAUCAGACACAUCCCCCAGCACUCCCAGCGUGGAGAGAAACAUGUCCAUUACAGUGAAGGAUCAGCGGAAAGCCAUCAGGGCCCUUCUAAUCUGGGUUCAGAGGAAAACCAGAAAGUAUGGCGUUGCAGUCCAGGACUUUACAAGUAGUUGGAGGAGUGGCCUUGCUUUCUUAGCUGUCAUAAAAGCCAUAGAUUGUACUUUGGUAGACAUGAAGCAUGCACUGGAGAAAUCAGCACGAGAAAACCUAGAGGAUGCUUUCAGCAUAGCACAGAAUAAACUGGGUGUCCCUCGGCUCCUCGAACCAGAAGAUAUCAUGGUGGAGUCACCCGAUGAACAGUCAAUUGUGACAUAUGUGGCACAAUUUCUGGAGCACUUCCCAGAGCUGGAAGGGGAAGACUUUACAGAUCCUGACAAGGAGCUUCCAAUUGAGUCCACUUAUGUCCACAUCAAAGACACACCGUCAGAAAAGGAAGGCAAAAUCUUGAUUUUAAGUGAAAGUGAAGAAAGCAUGUAUACUGUUAAUCAUGAGAGGAGUCAUCCAGCUCCUCCAAAGGUCCAUAUUCAUGAUAUCCCUGAGAGAAUCCCAUCAGAAACCACUUCUGAAAAUUGUAAUGGGAAACUGAGUCAAGUGUUAGAUGAUUUACAGGGAAUGUCUGAAGAGGAGCCUCAAAGGCCUACCUCACUGAAAAUUACGGGACCUGUCAGUUUUGAAUCCAAUUCCUCUUGGGAGGUUUUAAAUGAUAAAUUCAUGCCAGGUGAAGGCAGCAUCUCUGAUGAUCCACUGAAACAGAAUGAUGACCUUUCUCCAGCUGUUCUGACAGAUCAGAAAAAUUCUGUUGACUCUUUUGAAGAAUACUCUGAAGAAUUAACUAAGGAAACCCCUACUGAAUAUGAUAAUGAAACCAAGAGCCUUUCAGCCAAUACUUCUUCUUUGAGUCCAUUAUCCUGGACUUCAGGUAUACUUACAGAUGAUUCUAUCAAUAAAGUCGAAGAGAGCAAACCUCAGUCUUCAAUUCUUUUACCAGAAGAUACAUCCAAACAAGAAGAUACGCAGAAGUACAUUCUCCACCUUCUAAAUGAGGAAAUGCAGACACUUCCACAGGAUGAACAUACAAAGGAAUCGCCUGUCCUUGAGACAAUAGAAACGAACCCUAGUUCACCAAAGGGUUCUAAUCUCGAAAGCCAAGAACUAUCUACACAGCCUGAAACAUCUGAUGACUCUCUCUCAGAUGUACCUAAAACUCCAGAGGACCUGGACAGCUGUGAUGAAGUUGAGUCUGCAGCUGAAGUGAUACCCAGUUCUUCAAAAGUAUCCGUGAUACCCCAUGAUCUCUUUUAUUAUCCACAUUAUAAUGUUCCCAUAUCAGCAGUUCUGAAUGCUUACCUCGAGCCUUGUAUUGAAGCUUAUGAUACAGGAAAUGAAAAAGCUUCUUCUGAAACAGUAACAGAUGUUUUACAUGACCAGAACUUACCAGAACAGGACCACAAGGAAGAUGCUCCAGAGCCAGACUUGGAGAAUAAGCUAGGUACCUCUCCAUCAGAAACAGAUACUGAGAACAGCGAGGAGGAAACUACAAAAACAAGCAGUCAUGUGAAUUCUUCUGAUGAAAAGGAAGUGCCAUUAAUAGUAGAAGAGUUAGAAAUAGAAGAAGAUGGCAAUAAGGCCACCAACCAUGAGGAUUCUGCUAUUCCACUGCAUCCUGAGGCCAUACUAGAACAUCUAGAGGAUUUACCAAUAGCCAUAAAGACACCAGAAGAAAAUAGUAAUGGGGAGGAGGAAGAGAAAAAUAUGAUUGAAGAAAAUUUGCAGAUCUCAGAAGUUGCCACUACUACUCUAUCACAAGAUGACCUGGAAGAAAAUGCUGAAUUCCAGGAAUUUACCAGAAGCAGUGAAAGUGAUACCAAUAUUCAUCUCCGAAAAAGGUUUUCUCGUAAUGCUUCUGAGGAGGAAACCUAUGGUGUAAAUGAGGAGAAGAUGACAGAUAUGGGUGAAAAUCCUUUAAUCAUCGGGAAGAAAAAGGACUUGGAAGCAAGAGAGACUCCAGCACCAACUCAUGAGAUAACGAUUUUUGAGCAGCCAGAGCUAUUCUACUUUGUCAUUUUCUUCUGGGUGCUGGUCUACUGCCUUUUACUCCUUCCACAGCUUCUUAGCAACAAAGUUUGAUCUGUGUGAGGUGUGGAAAAUAAAGGGAUAGUGGCUGGA